AUGUGCAGUAGUGAAAAUAUACUCCAAGAUCUUGGCGUUGUGCCAGACAGUGCUCUUGGACAACAACACGUUCACAAAUGGCUCAUCAAUCGUCCGGAUCGAGCUGUAGUCAUUCACAAGCUGUUGGAGCUCCUGGAAUGCAGAAUCCGUGUAGUUUGGAUAUUUGGCAAAGAAAAUAGACAAGAACGAGUCGUUCAAAGACGACGACACAGAAGAGUUCGAAGUGCGCUUUGUUUCGUAGUCUUUCCAAGUGGUGAGCCAGAUUUGCUUGGUUUUCUCAAAAUCCUGCGUGAUUUCCCAUGUGUUUGCAAGAUAUUUCUUGACAAAGUUCAAUUGCAACGGAGUCAAGUACGGCAUGCUCUCGUUGACAGCGUCUUUGAAGAAGACAUCAGCUGUUCCGAUGUCCUUACUGAAGCCAAUGAAAGACAAGUGUGCCAUGGUCAUAUAGCUUUUCACGUUGAUUGGUGGCUCAAUACCUUUGGAGAUGAAUCUGGAGUAAACGUCCGAGCUCAGCUGUUGGAAAAUACUCAAAGCAUCUUGAGUGUGUCCCUUGAAAAGACAAACUCUGAUCAUUCCAACUUGCAACUCGUUAUGAAGUUUCUCAUGGUGACUUUUACCCGCCUUGAUUUUUUCAUACAUGUUCCAAACUUCUUGGAAAUCAAAGUCCCCGCUUUCGACUAA